GAGAAAGAAUAAAAGUAAAUGGAAAUACAAGAAGAAAAUACAGAGAAAGCUGAGAUAAUAAGAAAAUAAAUAAAGGAUAGUAUUUGGCUCCUUUCGUCGUAUCUUCUUUGGUAACGUGUAAGUUUGUUGUAAUUAGGUUGCUACACAUGUCGCGAUAAGGAAGAAAAAGAAAAAGAUUUCAUUUCAAAGUGCCCUUCAACGAGCGAUUCAACGUAAUAACGAGCUAACUAACUUUCGUAGAGAAUCAUCGGCUAUCGGUCGUAUCCGUCUUUCUCCCUCCCCUUCGUACGGCGCGCGGCAGUAGUCUCCGGCUUGCGCGCGCGGGCUACAGGCGAAGGGCGCGAGCGGUGCUUGCGAUUCGAAAACUCCUUCGAGGAUUGACCAUGCGUAUGAGCAAACGACGAGCGAUCGCUUACGAGAUCCCGUAGGAGUAGGAGAAAGAGGAAGAGUAGGAGAAGGAGGAGAAGGAGAAGGAGGACGAAGAGGUACAUGACAACGUCGGAAAGGGAGAAGGGGUAGAGAAUCAGCACGAGUAGAACGACCAAGUGAGAAGAAGCAAAGUGCCGCUUCGCGCGUUCGAACAUGUUAGCACUUGCUACGUUAUUUAACUUUGUCGAUCGUCAUAAUCGAUAUCAUUUUUCGUUUAAAUCAAAUUCGAGAUUUGAGAAAUCGGUUAUUCGAAAUCUAUACCUUGUUUUUACUUUUACCUUCGAUUCUUAACGCACCGCAACACUCGUUCGGAUUGUUCAUCUGCGUUGGACUACUUUUCUCUUGUUUUCUCAUUAUUGCCGCAUGUCCAUUGUGCUAUGUUGCGCGCGUCGAACUAACUUAUUAGUAACUACUACGUGAGGUAGAUCCCAAGUUCAAGAAGAGAUAUUGCUCACUCGCUGCGACAUUUCUCAACGACCUUGUUUCUUGUACUUGAUUCAUGCGAUUGUAAAGUGAUAUAUAUAACGAAGAAAAUGGAAAAGACUUUGACUUUGUUACCCGAGCGAAGAUGAUCCGAUGCAAGCGCGCGAAUCCGCACGAGUGAAAGACAGUAAAAACGAAGAUAGAUAGAGAGAGAAAGCGAUAGAGUGGGGAAAGGUCGAAGCGCGAAUACGCGUGCGGCUGUACAAAAAACGCGCGUAGAGCUCUAAAUCUAAAGAUAAUGUACGGAAACCUGAAAGGACUGAACAAUUUUCCGUAACCUUUUGAUAUCGCAUGGAACGAUAUCAAAAAAUAACUUUUGAAGAAGUCUACGAAAAAGAGAUGUGCACGUUGUUUCUACUUCAAAAAGAUAAACGCAUACAGUGAAGAGUAAGAUAAAGUAAGUGAAGAAGGAAAAGUAAAAUAGGGAAAGAAAGAAAGAGAUAAAGAGAGGGACAAGGGUAGUAACAGCGUGACGGGGAAGGAUGCAGCAAUACCGGGUAGAAACGCAAAUCCGUCAUGAGGAGCAGAUCCUGGAGGCGAUAGAUCAGCUGCGCCGACGUAAGGCGCGUCCCGAUGCCGAUCGUAUUUGCAACUACUUGCUUCGAAAAUUUUCGGUUGAUGUGCGAGAUACGAUCGCCGAUCUUCAUCGCUUAAUCGAAGCGGAGAAGGUUAUACAAGUCGAUUAUAAAGGUAACACAAGUUAUAGAAACGCAUCUAAAUGGUCCCGUUUACAACUUUACAAGAAUCGACCGGAAGGCUUCGUAAAAGAAAAGUUAAAUUCGGCAAUGGUGGCUGGCGCGGUUGCCGAGCUCGUUGUUGAGGAACCAGAUUACCUCGAUCAAGGUGUGCCAGCCUGUAGAUUAGUAGAUCAAUUGCUCGAUGGUUUUUCGAAUCCUACCUCUAGACGUAUGACCGAGGAUUUUCUCGGGAAAGAAGUUGCGAGCGGUAAUUUAACACGUCUCUCUAACGGUAAUUAUUCGCUGGUGGCGACAUCCGACAUGACGACUGCAACCGAAUCGACGCACCGCGAGACUUUUACCCUUGAAAAUAUCGAAAAUGGUAAUAUCAGGCGUAAAGAUUCACAAACAGUUUCUUCAACUACUAAUGGCCCUUAUGAUUUCGAUGAGUCUGAGAAUUUGACUAUCGCCGAUUCAGCUUCAAAUACACCAAGAUCCUCGUGUCAAGCGAGUCCGAAACCAGAAGUGUCGAACAAGAAAGAAGAAUGUUUUGAUAUUCUUCUUACUAAAAAUCAAGAACGUAUUGAAGAUACAUCUCUCGAUGGCGAUCGGACGAAGGAAUCCGAGGAUCCGUUAGCUAGUGUCGACGAGAGAAAGGAUAACGUGAAGAGUACGGACAAUCAGUGUCAUAACCUCAAAAGAUCUUCCAAAUCGGAACGUAAGCAACGAUUACUUGUCAGGACAGAUGAUCCUAUGGACAUAGAAAUUAAAUUUGAAGAGUUUCGCAAAGACAAUAAGGAGGAAUCUUCCGCUCAAAAAGAUAAGAGGGAGGAUAACGAACAUUUUAGCGAAGAUCGUGACGACGAAGAGGCUGGUAGAAGUUCUACGAAUUGCUCUCCUACACCAUCUAACAUCAAUGUGGGUGGUUUUCGUAGUGCUCGUAGGAAGACCAUUUUCCAGAGAGCGAAAAAAGUAUUUGAUCCAUCCGACAACAACCUUGUAAGACGGAAACGUGGUAGGCAAGCUACUACACAAAAUAAGGUUGCUACGGUUCAAGAGCCUCCAGAAAUUGUUAAACCGCCAAUUAAAGAUGGGCCUUGUAGACAGUGUAGCCUUUGCGCCAAAGAAAAGCAAGAAGCAUUAGUUGCGUGCCGAGACUGUACAGUAAGAGCUCAUCCAAGUUGCAUUUAUAGUCCAGAAGAAAUAAUUCACAAGGCUGGUAGUAAUUGGCAAUGUGAACGUUGUAAGACUUGUACCAUUUGUUGUGAAACUUCGGAUGCUGGACCACUAAUCACAUGUUAUUCUUGUGACGAAGCAUAUCAUCAUUACUGCCAUUCACCACGUGUUAUAAAUCCAAAAUCAAAUUUAAGAUGGCAGUGUAACCAUUGUGUUCAAAAACAACAGAAAACAAACAAUAAUCAGACUGUCAGCCUUAUCAUUGCACGACCUGAUACUCCGUCAAGUGUGACUGUACUAGCACCACCUAUUUUAAGCCCACAAGUUUCACCUGUUCGCCCAUCUUCCGAUCAAAUGGAAGACGAUGCUACUAAAGAUGGCAUCGAUCCUAAUAUUCCUGAUGCUUCGGAUUGGACAUCCGAACAAGUUUAUCAAUACUUUGCGAGACUAUUUCCAAAAGAAGCAGAAGUAUUUAGGCAACAAGACAUAGAUGGUCAUUCUCUUUUAUUAAUGAAGAGGUCAGAUGUCUUAAAAGGACUUAACUUGCUGUUGGGUCCAGCAUUGAAAAUUUAUAGACAUGUUUUAAAACUUCAAGUUCGUCGAGACGAUCCCAAACUUUAUUGGUUGUAAGAUUAUUUUAAUAUUUUGAGAAAAAUAUAUACAUAGAUAGUGGAAAAUGUUAAUGCUCACUAUAUAUUGUACAGAUCGAUUUUCUUUAUACAUUCUUCGUAUAUAAUUUUUCCAAUUCUAGAUAUUUUUUCAUAUUAUGCAUAUUGUGAUAUUCUGAAUUAGGAAAGCGAUAACGUCUGAAACAUUUAAAGAUAUCUAAUACAGAUAAUAUUAAUGUAAGUAGAACAGAGAAACAGUUGUCUUUUUUACAUUGUAGUAUAUCUGUUUAAAAGAUGUUUAUUUUCAAGAAUCGUAUGUUAUAAAACUUCUGUUAUAAAUAUUAUAGCAAAGGUUUUAAAGACUUUAUUCUGUUUAAAUAAUAUAGUGAGUCUGUAUAGAUAACCAAUCUUAUAAGUAAAUUGUCAUAUAAUAAUAUUGCAUAGUUUUUAUUUUUGUUACAGUACGUACAGUAAGAUAAUUAAGAAUGAUAAAUAUUUAGCAUCUUUUCGAUACUCUAUUUAAGAAAUAUCGAUAUAUCUUCCUGUAUAAUAAAUGUUUUGAUAUUUACAUUG